UUCAAUUUACAUUUUUUGUUUGCACAUGUUGCACAUGCAUGUUUCUGAAGACAAUAACCUAUCGUUCCUUUAAUUAACAGUAUGUUACUGCCAAACAAAUGAUUGAUUACAUAUCGGAGUUCAUUUGUACAACUAAUAUUGAGUUCAUACAGUAUAUUAAGAUUAAUGGCCGGAGGGGUUCUUCUACGCCUUCUUUCAUUGCAUGAACAUUUAGGCAGUGCUAUGCAAAUCUUCCCACAUCGUGAUGUAGACAUGCGGGGGUGUGUUUUAACAAAAAAUUUUAGGAGGACACAAUUGACUCUUACAUUUAUAAAGUAUAUCUCUUUGGGUUUGUGACUUAAGUUUUUCCAAAUAUAUAGUUCAUUGCAAAUAAGCAAGUGUGCAUUUAUUAGACAGAUUUAAUAUCAUGUCGGUGCUUUCAGAAGUGGCAAAUCUGCUGCGUCGCUCCAUCACAUCUGGACCGGAGACCUUAAUCAGGAAGCUGGUCACCAGAUAACACGGUCACCAGUUAAACGGUAAUACAGGCCUUGAUUGACAGCUCCCUGAAUGCAAACUUUCUGUUCUCUUUUCUGUUUCUCUGAACAGAAGUUAUUUCUGUCUUGUUGAGUGGAUUUUGAAAAGGUUCCUGAACAUUUGCUGUUUUCAGAAGAACAAUGAGCUGCCAAUACAGUCUCUUACUUUUAUUUCUCUCUGGCUUCAUUACUGCACUCGCUGUUUCAGAGACAUGUAAAACAGAUCUACUCGAGGGAACGUCCUGCACCAUCAAGCUUCCUACAGGAAACACUGACAAAUCUUAUGAGAUCAAAUGGGCCCAUCUCUCUAGUGAUGCUGUGAUUCACAGGAAAAAUGGGAAGAUGAGGAAAAACACUCCAGGUCUAACAAUGGAAGAAGAUGGAUCAUUAACAUUUGAAAGUGUUAGUCUGAAGAACAGUGGCAACUAUACAUACUCUGUUUUUAAUUAUGAAGGUACAGAGCUUGAUGGUGGAGAAAAGGAAAUUAAAGUUUAUGCAAACGCUCCUAAACCUACUGUGAAGAUCAACAAAAAAUAUGGGAUCACUACACUCACCUGUGACUUUAGACACCGUACAGAUCUGACUGUAUCCUGGUAUAAAGAAGAUAAUAUCAUCCAGAAUGAAAACAACCCAAACCUGCUCUUGACGUCUGCUCAAGUACAGGAGAAUAAACCGUACUCCUGCAGUGUGAGCAAUCCUGUCAGCAAAGAGCAAAGCGAUAGCAUUACAGUAUCCUUUUCAGAGAUAUGUAAAACAGAUCUACUCGAGGGAACGUCCUGCACCAUCAAGCUUCCAACAAAAAACACUGACAAAUCUUAUGAGAUCAGAUGGAUCCAUCGCUCUAGUGAUGACAGGAUUCACAGGAAAAAUGGGAAGAUCAGGAAACCCAUUCCAGGUCUAACAAUGGAAGAAGAUGGAUCAUUAACAUUUGAAAGUGUUAGUCUGAAGAACAGCGGCAGAUAUACAUACUCUGUUUUUAAUUAUGAAGGUACAGAGCUUGAUGCUGGAGAAAAGGAAAUUAAAGUUUAUGCAAACGCUCCUAAACCUACUGUGAAGAUCAACAACGAAGAUGGGAUCACUACACUCACCUGUGACUUUGGAGACCGUACAGAUCUGACUGUAUCCUGGCAUAAAGAAGAAAUGAUCAUCCAGAAUGAAAACAACCCAAACCUGCUCUUGACAUCUGCUCAAGCACAGGAGAAUAAACUGUACUUCUGCAGUGUGAGCAAUCCUGUCAGCAAAGAGAAAAGCGAUAGCAUUACAGUAUCAUUUUCAGAGAUAUAUAAAACAGAUCUACUCGAGGGAACGUCCUGCACCAUAAAGCUUCAAACUAGAAACACUGACAAAUCUUAUGAGAUCACAUGGACCCAUCUCUCUAGUGAUGCUGUGAUUCAGAGGAAAAAUGGGAAGAUCAGGAAAAACACUCCAGGUCUAACAAUGGAAGAAGAUGGAUCAUUAACAUUUGAAAGUGUUAGUCUGAAGAACAGCGGCAGAUAUACAUACACUGUUUUUAAUAAUGAAGGUACACAGCUUGAUGCUGGAGAAAAGGAAAUUAAGGUUUAUGAAAAGGCUCCUAGCCCUACUCUGACAAUGAACAUCAACUGCAAAGAUGGGAACGCUACACUCACCUGUGACUUUGGAGACCGUACAGAUCUGACUGUAUCCUGGUAUAAAGAAGACAUUAUAAUCCAGAAUGAAAACAACCCAAACCUGCUCUUGACAUCUGCUCAAGUACAUGAGAAUAAACCGUACUCCUGCAGUGUGAGCAAUCCUGUCAGCAAAGAGCAAAGUGACAGGAGAAGAGCAUCAUGUUUUAUAGGUACCACAGUUAAAGGUGAACUGGGUUCUACAACUAAAGUUGUCCCAGUUCCUCGUACAUUCUUUGGCUUUGAUUUCUGGGUAAUGGUGAGCAUUUUAGCAGGUUCAGGAGCCCUUCUGCUGCUGCUGCUAUGUGUUCUUAUCAUCUGUGCAUGUCGAAGCUGUAGACAAAGCAAGCAGCAAGAUGAGAAGGAGUUCAGACUGAAGAAUCUUCAAGCUCCAGCUCCUACCAAAACAGAUCCAAACACAAUGGAAUCAUCUUUACAACUGACAACUUAAGUGUUCAUACUUCUAUAAUCUAAACUCUGCGGACCCAGAUACGGGUCCAAAAUCACCUUAAAAAUUUUUAUAAUUAAUUUACAUAGCCUUCCUUAUAAGGUAUCAGCCCCUUAUAUGGGUUUAUUUGAAAGCUUAGAGUCUCUUCUUUACAAAGAAUACCAUAACUCUUGGUUGUGAUACAUAAAGAAGGAAAAUUAAGUUUAGAAAUGUAUUCAUCCCACAUACGAAUUUCCACCUAACGACAAAUAAUGUUUCCUAAUAAUGUUUCCUAAGAAUCUGUAUUUUAUAUAUUUUUCACAAAACAGUCAAGUUAUUUAUCACAAGAAAGCUCUCAGAAAUUCUCAGGAAUUUGACAGAUCAAAGAUCUAAUUUGAUCGCAGAUCAAAUGAUUAGAUUAUGAUCUCUACUUUCAAACGAGACUAUUUUCACAUUUCUGCGUGCUUCCAUUGCUGAGAUAUAUGGCGUUUUGUCCAGACACACAUCAGGAAAAAAAAGACACUCUUUUUGCUAGACAGCUCUUACCUUUUACAACUCUGUGAUGCCCAGUGGACUGCAGUGGGUCAUAUUACAUAUCAGUAAUAGCAAUCUAUGAAUGUGGCUAUGAAUAUAUGUCGUAUGGCCAAAUAUGAAAAUUUAAUGAAUUUAAACAUUGUUUAAUUACACUGUAAAUACCUCUGCAGAUAUUUGGGUAGCACUUUAUUUUAAAGUCCUGUUCCCCAUGUACCGUACAUACUAUGUACUUAUUAUAGUAAUUACAAUAACUAUGUAAUAACUAGGUAUGAACCCUGAACCUACCCCUAAACCUAACCCUAACCCAUGUAGUUACCUUGUAUUACAGAACUUUCUUAGAUAAAUACACUGAAAGUACACUAUGAGUACAUGUAAGUACACAUACUGUAAAAUAAAGUGCAACCGAUAUUUGUUAUGUUCAUAUUAUGUAUAGGAAUAUUACAUUAUGUAUUUUAAAAAGGUGUUGUUCAAUAAGUGUAUGAUAUAUCUUUCAUUCUUCAGGUCAACCAUAUUUUCAUGAAAAAAAAAAAUGAAUUUGUGUAUGUCAAAUUUAGGCGAAAUUAAACACACACACAAACACACACACACACACACACACACACACACAAACUAAAAAUCCCCAGUGCUUACACACAUAAAGCACUUUAAGAAUCUGAUUUUUUUAUAUUUUUCAUUUAUUUUUUUAUUUUUUUAUGAAGAGCCUAUUUAUUAAUAGAUGCAGUGUGAAUUAUCCAUGGGACUAUGUUAUUCAUAAAUGGUUAUAAUUUUUUAAGUUUUGUGUUUUGAGUAAAUGAUAAGCUUCAAUGGAAACACUUCAAAUACUUCAAGAGAUUAAACACAGUCUUACCGUGAAAAUAAAUUUUAAUGCGAAAAGGGAUGUUGAUAACCACAGUGAUCAAAGAAAUGACAAUUGCAAUGACAAGAAUUCUGUUCAAAUCUAAUGAAGAGGGAAAAAACACGUCAUACUUAUAAAACAAAUCCAGUUCUGUAAUAUGCAUUAUUAUUAGAUUAGGAAAUAACAUACUGCAUUACCAAAUUUUGCCAUAUUUUAGAAAAAACACAAAACUUAUGUAUGCAGUAAAUCUACAAACAGAUUUAUGUUGUAUUGAGUUUCUUCACUGUCUCACCAUUACACAGAUGUCUCACAUAGACUGGAUCACUGGUCGCUUUACUCACUGCAUUCUUGAGUGUGCAUGUGUAGAAGUUUUUUGGAUUUCCUUGUUUUUUUCAACUAUGAUGAACUCUCCUUUCAGUUGUAGCUUUAAGGCCUUGAGUGUUUCUCCAGCUGAAUACUUCCAGAUGAUUGUUUCAUUGUACUCACAUAUUAAAUAAACAACAUCUGGGUUAACGCCCCUCUGUGUUUUUAUCACAGGUUUAGGGACUCCGCUCUGUGAAAGAAACAAUGAAAAAGUAUUUUAACUACAGCCUAGGAAAGUGUUCUGUGUACACUCUCAAAAAUAAAGGUACAAAAACUGUACCUUAUCAAAAGGUACACUUAUGAUCCUAUUAGGUUGUAAUUUGUACACUUUAAGUAUUAAUAUUUACUUUUGAAGUACCAAAAUGGACCCUUUAGGUACAAACAUGUAGCUUUAUUCCUGAGAGUGCAUGAUAUGAUUAUGGUGUCAGAUACUAAUGUUAUUUUACUUUG